GUGCACCAGGAAGGAACAGUGUGAGCGCUCCAGCGAGCCUCGGAGGUUUGCCUCGGAGAUGAAGCAAUGUGUCCGACUCACCGUGCACCCCAACAACAUCUCAGUCUCCCAGUAUAGUGUGACGCUGGUGUUGGAGACUUACAACGUGCCCGAACUGUCCAACGGGGUCAAUUGCACCUUUGGGGACCUGGCGGAAAUGGACGGCGUGGUGUCGGGGAACAAGAUCAAGUGCCAGUCCCCGGCAGCCAAGGAGGUGCCAAAGAUCAUCACUGAGAAUGGAGACCACCAUGUUGUCCAGCUCCAGCUGAAAUCCAAAGAAACAGGCAUGACUUUUGCCAGCACCAGCUUUGUUUUCUACAAUUGCAGUGUCCACACCUCGUGCCUCUCGUGUGUGGAGAGUCCGUACCGAUGCUAUUGGUGCAAAUAUCGUCAUGUUUGCACCCAUGAACCUCACAAUUGCCACUUUCUAGAAGGACGAGUCAAACUUCCUGAGGUAGGAGGACAGAAGGGUGUUUCAGAGGUAUCCUCUUGA